UUUCAAAUUCGCAGCCUCCCAUUCAUACUAAUCACACCAAAGCGCACUGAGCUUCGAACCCACAACCUUUGCAGCCCUGGCCACGGGAGUCACGGUCAUAUCUCAGAGCUGUUUUUCUCAUCCUUCUUAUUUUUUGGAAAUCAUCCAAACUCUUUCACGGUAAGCUCCAAGGGUCCAAGUCGUUGUAUCAUUUUAUUUCAGAAGAUAGAAAGAUAAAGACAGGUUUUGAGUUCGCGCCUGUGGCCGGAAGGGUUGGUAGAUCGUUGUGGACCAAACACUUCCUGUUUCCUUCUCAGCCUGGCUUGGGACGAAUUUUGCAGUAAAAGCAUCAAACGAAGCUCCGGGAUACCACAAAAAUGUCUGCAGACAACGAGCUGACGGCCAAGCUCCAGAGGAGGCUCAACAUCAACGAAGGGGACGAGGAGCCCUCCCCCAAUUCUCACGUCUUCAAUCCGUACACGGAGUUCAAGGAGUUCUCCAGGAAGCAGAUCAAGGACUACGAGAAGAUGUUCAAGACGUAUGAUGUGGACAGGAACAACUUGAUUGACUUUAAUGAGUUGAAGCUGAUGAUGGAGAAACUGGGGGCUCCUCAGACCCACCUGGGCCUCAAGGCCAUGAUCAAGGAGGUGGACGAGGACAAUGAUGGUGCCAUCAGUCUCAGAGAGUUUCUCCUGAUCUUCAGAAAGGCAGCGGCAGGAGAGCUGCAUGAAGACAGCGGGCUGGGGAAACUGGCCGAGCUGGCGGAGAUAGACGUCGACAAGGAGGGAGUCAAGGGGGCCAGGGACUUCUUCUCCGCUAAGAUUGAGGAGCAGUCGAAGGGAGCGAGGUUUGAGGCUGAGAUCAAGGCAGAGCUGGAGGAGAAGAAACGGGAGGCAGAGGAGCGCAAGAUGAGGAGGCAGGCUUUCAAGGAGAAACAAGCUGCAUUCAUGAGUGCCUAGAU